GUGUGAGACGGUGAAUUUCACAUUAUUUUAAAACGGUAAAUUUCACGGUUAAACCAUACUUGCACUCUUAAAAUUAUUGAUUUUUUAUUUAUUUUUCUUUUUGUACAAGUACCACACAGAGAAAAAGAAUUGAAUUUUCACAGGCACCAACGGUUGAGUCUCGCGCCAAACGGCAGAAUAUGAACUGGGCCUGUUCUAUUGGUCUCUCUACAAAGCCUGGCCUUGUCUACUUCCACUCUCUUCUAAAUUCUCACAUUCAAACCAAAAAUCCAAAACAAGCUUUACUCCUUUUUCGCCAGUUGUACGAGUUCAAUGUGAAACCCAAUGAUCUCACUUCCUCUUUGCUCCUAAAAGCUUGCACAUCUUCUUCCUCAUAUUUAAAUUCAGCUAAUGCUGAAAUAGAAGCGAACCAGAUUCAUACCCACUUGAUAAAAUCCGGUGUUGACCGAUUCGUAUAUGUGGGUACAGCUCUUCUUGAUCUUUACAUGAAAUUGGGGCGUGUGAGAAAUGCUCAGAAGCUGUUCGAUGAUAUGCCUGAGAGAGAUGAUGUCUCUUGGAAUGCACUGAUUUGUGGGGUUUCGAGAAACGGUCGCCAUUUCGAAGCGUUGGAACUCUUUGUGCAAAUGUGCAGAGAGGGGUUUCGUCCUCGUCAUACGACUUUGGUUAGUUUGGUACCGUCUUGUGGCAGGCAUGAGUUGGCUUUUCAGGGGAAAUCUGUUCAUGGGUUUGGAAUUAAGGCCGGCCUUGAUUCGGAUUCGCAAGUGAAGAAUGCUCUUACUUCGAUGUAUGGUAAAUGCGCAGAUUUGGAAGCGGCAGAAGUCUUGUUUGAAGAGAUUGGUGACAAGAGCGUGGUUUCUUGGAAUACUAUGAUCGGUGCUUAUGGCCAAAAUGGUUUCUUUGACGAGGCAAUGCUUGUGUUUAAACGUAUGCGAGAGGAGGAUGUGCAAGCCAAUCUGGUGACCGUGGUAAGCCUUCUGUCAGCAAAUGCCGAUCCAGAGUCUGCUCAUUGUCAUGCCAUCAAGACUGGUCUUGUAAAUAAUGCUUCUGUGAUUACUUCGCUGAUUUGCGAGUAUGCAACGCGCGGCAACACAGAAUCCGGAGAACUGCUUUACAAGUCAUUGCCUCAGAAGACUUUGGUUUCCCUAACUGCACUAAUUUCUAGUUAUGCGGAGAGAGAUAACAUGGGUCAGGUGAUGGAGUGUUUUGCUCACUUGCUGCAGUUAGACAUGAAACUAGAUGCAGUGGCUAUGGUUAGCAUUCUCCAUGGGAUAAAGCACCCUGCUGACUUUGGCCUUGGACUUGCUUUCCAUGGUUACGGAUUGAAGACGGGGUUGACCGCUGAUUCUUUGGCCGUGAAUGGGUUGAUAAGCAUGUACUCAAGGUUUGACAAUAUAGAGGAUGCGUUUUCCUUAUUCUCUGAGAUGCGUGAAAAACCGUUGAUUACUUGGAAUUCUUUGGUAUCGGGCUGUGUUCAAGCUGGAAGGUCAAGUGAUGCGCUGGAGUUGUUUUCUCAGAUGAAAAUGUCUGGACAUAGUCCAGAUUCCAUUUCUAUCUCUAGUUUACUAUCUGGGUGUUGCCAAAUUGAGUACUUGAAAUUUGGGGAGGGACUUCAUACAUAUGUACUAAGAAACAACUUGGAAGGAGAAGAUUUUGUUGGAACUGCUCUUAUAGACAUGUACACCAAGUGUGGAAGAAUAGACCGUGCUGAAAGGGUGUUCAAGAGUAUAAAAGAGCCAUGCUUGGCAACAUGGAACUCAAUGAUCUCAGUUUUAGCCGCUUGUACUCAUGGGGGUCUUGUUCAUGGAGGAAGAACAUAUUUCCAAAUGAUGAAGGAAAGGUUCAACCUGAUACCAAGUUUGCAACACUGUGCUUGCAUGGUCAAUCUCUAUGGUCGUGCCGGUUUGUUGGACGACGCAUUGAUGUUUAUCAGGGACAUGGAAAUAGAGCCUGAUUUCGCGGUCUGGGGAGCUCUGCUGAAUGCUUGUUGCAUCCAUCAAGAGGUGAAGCUUGGGGAAUACAUUGCCAAAAAAUUGUUCUUCUUGGACAGUAAAAAUGCCGGCUUCCUCGUGUUGAUGUCAAAUCUUUACGCAAUCAAAAGAAGGUGGGAAGAUGUAGCAAGAGUGAGGGAGAUGAUGAGAGAGACCGGAGGUGAUGGAUGUUCAGGAAUUAGUGUCAUUGAGAUGACUUGAGCAAGUGAGCAGGCCAUAUGAUGGGCUUACA